AUGUCUUCUAAAAUCGCUAUAUUUUACAUUGGAGCUACGGGAUACAUUGGCGGCACUGCCCUCCAGGCCAUCCUUGCCCAUCCGAAGGCGGACACUUUCGAGAUCACCGCCCUUGUCCGAUCUGAAGCGAAGGCGAAGGCGAUCGAGAGUGCACUGGGCAUUAAGACCAUCAUCGGAUCCCUCCAGGACCACGCCUUCCUGACCGAGAACGUGGAGAAGGCCGAUGUUGUUUUCCAGCAGGCAGACGCAGACGAUGUAGAGGCGACGAAAGCUAUAAUUUCCGGUCUGAAGAGGAGAUUUGAGAAGACAGGCAAGAAGCCCAUUCUCAUCCAUACCUCUGGCACCGGACUCCUGAUUGACAAUGCGCGUGGCGAGUACGCAUCAUCCUCGAUAACCUCCGACCUCGACGUCGCUUCGAUUGAGAAAAUCCCCUCAACUGCCUUCCACCAUGAAGUCGACUUGCUCGUGAAUUCAGCGGACAUCGAAGGAUAUGCGACGACGUACAUUGUUGUCCCGGGAAUUAUCUACGGACGUCCCAAAGGCCCACUUUUCGACGGUGCCAAGCCGAUCGCCCACACGCACACUAUCAUCGUGCCGAUGUUCGUCGAGGUCAUUACUCGGAGGGGACGCCCGGGCAUCGUUGGGAAGGGCGCGAACAUAUGGCCAUACGUGCAUAUUGACGACAACGCGGACGUGUACGUACGCGUGUUGGACGCCGCCCUCUACGAUCCUGCGCGGAUCUCACACGGGCGUGAAGGCUACUUCUUCAUCGAAAGCAGCGAGCAUAGUGCAUACGAAGCGAUCAAGCUAAUCGGAGAGGCCCUGGUCGGACUCGGCGUGAUCACGGAUGCUGAGCCAGAUGUGUUCACUGCGGAAGAGCGCACGAAGUACUUCGGGAGCGAGGCCAUAGUGAGUGUAUUCUUCGCCAACGCGCGCUGUACGGCGGACAGGAUCAGGAAGGAGCUGGGCUGGGCGCCUAAACAUACAGAGGACUUCGUGCAGCGCAUUAAAGAAGAUGUUGAAGUAGCCCUAAAGCAGAUUCACAUCACCCGGGCCUUCAUAUGCUCAUCCUGGACCUUGUAGAGCAUGCUUCGUCUCAUUUAGUCUUCAAGUUCAAGGACGAUCUGCAAUGCGUCCGUGACAAGCCCCGACUUCACUGCCCAGGUGUUCCCGUCUUGCGGCGCGAGCGUGGUCGUCUCGUUGUCCUUGACCAGCCCGACGUCGGGCUGCCAGAGCAGGUGGAUCGCAGCGGAUUGGAGCCCUGCCGCCAGCUGAGACCAGCGGUCAGCGAUGGCGGCGUCGUGUUGGUGUAGAGAGAGAGGGAGGCCAAGUUUGAACAGAUGGCAAGUGAACAAAACGAUGCCGAGCUCGUUGAACGGGAAGCCAGCGUAGGGAGGUUGUCCAUCAAAGUUCUAAUGGUUGGAGAGGGAGUCGAGAGCGUUCUGGACGAAAACGAGGUCGAGUCGAAUGUCGACACGGGGAUACCGUGGGUUUGGAUUGACAUGUCACCAGCCCACCCUGUUUCGCGCGGUGGACGUGCCAUUCGUGAUGGUCGUGUUCAGCCACCUGUCGAGAGUACCUUCAACGUUUGCAGUGUUGCUGGU